AUGCCACAUAUCAUCCUUCUGGGGACCCUCGAUACCAAGCUUGCGGAGACCCUAAUUCUUUACAACCAGCUGCAGCAAAAUGCCUCUCGCUUCUCGACCCCUCUAGAGAUCACCUUGAUUGACUGUGGCCGUCAAGCCAUUACGGACGAUGCAAUCACCAUAAGUCACACGGAUCUACUAUCGAAGUAUGCGUCCGCCGACAGCACCGGGAUAUUGACUCAGUCACGGGGACAAGUGAUUGAAUUCCUCAUCAGCUGCGUCAGUAAGUGUGUCACAGAAAUACUGCGCACGACGGAAAUCCACGGAAUCAUCGGUGCGGGCGGGAGUGGAGGAACCAGUCUGAUGACCGCCGUAAUGAGAACGGCUGCACCUCUUGGCCUGCCCAAACUUGUCGUGAGCACGGUUGCGUCCGGGAACACAGGGCCGCUGAUAGGCGAAUGCGAUGUCACCUUGAUGUACUCGGUUGUUGACAUAGCGGGCAAUAAUCGGCUUCUCCGUGAGGUGCUUGGGAACGCUGCCGGCGCAAUGUUCGGCAUGGCAUCGACAUAUCAACAUAGGCUCGGUGAGCUCCGGACCCGGAGUGCGCAAGGUAACCAGCGAGAAGAGAAGAAGACUCGAGUGGGUAUUACCAUGUUCGGCGUGACCACCCCCUGUGUGGAUCGUGUGAGGCUUCACCUAGAAAACAACUACUCUGUAGAGGUUUACGUGUUUCAUGCGACUGGUCACGGGGGGAAGGCUAUGGAAAGAUUGGUAGAAGAAGGUCAUCUAGACGCCAUCUUGGACAUCACAACGACCGAGAUCUGCGAUCUCAUUGCUGGUGGGAACAUGAGCUGCGAAAACAGCCGAUUGGAGAGGACACUCGAGCGCGGAAUUCCCAAUAUCAUUUCCGUUGGAGCUACAGACAUGGUCAACUUCGGUCCGAUCGGCACGGUGCCAGACCAAUACCGUGACCGCAAGCUACUAGUCCAUAAUCCGAGUGUGACCCUGAUGCGAACCUCUGCAGCCGAAUGUCGAGAAGUUGGAGCUUUCAUUCUCGACAAGCUAACCCGGUUUACCCAGGACCAAGAUAUGGUUGAGGUGUGGCUUCCCCGGGGAGGAGUGAGUAGCGUUGGGACAAUAGGGUCUGCAUUUGCAGAUGCCGACGCCGAUGCCGCUCUUGCCGAUACUCUACGCUCCGGGCUCAAGGAUAGCAGAAUUAGAGUGGUAUCGGAUGAGCGAGACAUAAAUGACGAUGGAUUUACACUUGACAUUGCGGAGCGGCUCAUGGCUCUCGUGGCAAAGCACUCUUGCCACAGCUAG